AUGGCCAAACCUACAGUAAAUAUGCAGUUCGCUUGUAUCAGUACUAGGAGUAGGAUUACUCUAAACCUUGUAUUUCAGCUUGUAUCUGUACUCGGGGCAGGAUUGUUGGUUGGAACUGCUCUAAGCGUGAUUAUACCGGAAGGAAUGGUGGAAACUCUAAAUAUGGCCUACAGUGAAAAGCAUCACGGACAUGGCGAGGAUAAGGAGGAUCACGAUAACCCUGUUCCUCAUCUUAUCGGAGUCUCUUUAGUUCUUGGAUUUAUAUUCAUGCUUGUAGUGGAUCAGAUUGCUGUAAGUAAGUCCCGUGAUAUAGAAUCUGGUGGUGCAGGGAGGAAAGGAAAUGUUUCCUGGACCGCAACAUUAGGCCUAGUUGUUCAUGCAGCAGCAGAUGGUGUUGCUCUUGGAGCUGCUGCAACUACUAAUCAGGCGGAUGUAGAAAUGGUCGUGUUCCUUGCAAUAAUGUUGCAUAAAGCUCCCGCCAGCUUUGGUUUGGAUACAUACCUUCUCCACGAGGGAUUAGAGAGGAGUAGGAUCAGGUAG